UUCUUCAUAUCUUUUUCUCAAUAUGUUUACAAAAUCAAUAAUUCAUGUGUCAAUUAUUUUACAAUUGUUUUAUUUUACUUUUAAUAACGCGGCAUUUGUGACUAAAAAACAAGAAAAUGUAAUUGCUUCGAAUAAUAAUUAUUAUUAUGAACCUGAUAUUGAACCCUAUGAUAAUUCAUUGCAAACGGAGAAACCAAUUUUUAACUAUCGAAAAAAUGGAUUUCGUGUUGAUGUUCGAAUUGUUACUCCUUUAAAUAAUAAUACAAUUAACGAAAAUAUUGAUGAUCAUUUUCCAAGAUUUCCAAUUAAAGAAAUUGGACGUUGUAUUAUUGAUUUGUCAAUGAUUUGCAUUGAAAAACGUGUUUCACGAUUUCUCGAUAUUGUUAAGCAAUUAAAGGAAAUUACACUUUAUGGUCAAUCGGUGAAAAUGGUGAGGACUAAAGUUGCAAAACCAGUGGAAAGUGAUCGUAAUUUAAUUGCCGAUGGACUUAAGGAAAAAAUUGACAGAAGUAUCGAUGAAUUUUUCGAGACAUUUGUACUUCGGAUUACAUUGCCAAAAUGGAAUGGAAAAAAUAAUCAAAUUAAUCUCAUGUUCGAUGAUACUGACAUCGAAGGACGUGGCAAAAAGAAAAAAGGUGGAGGAAAAUGCAAGAAAAUGAUGAUGUGCAUGAUGAUGAUGUUCAAAAUGAAGCUAAUGGGAAUGGUUGGAAUGAUGGCAAUGAAAGGAAUGCUCUUCUCGGGAAUGUCAAUUAUGAUGUCGAAGGCAAUGUUGAUACAGAAAUUGAUGAGUCUCAAAGGAGGCGGCGGCGGAGGUGGUUGGAGUUUCGGAGGAGGCGGUGGCGGUGGUUACGGAGGAGGAGGACAUGGAGGUGGAGGCGGAGGUCAAUAUAAAGAAGUUGUUUUACUAACAAAAAGCAGUGGCGACAGUGGCUGUGGAGGUGGAGGUGGAGGACACGGAAGUGGUUGUUCAUCUAACGUACCAGACAGUUAUGGUGCACCACCAUCAAAUAGCUAUGGAGCACCAUCAUCCGGAGGUGGAUAUUCUUCAGGAGGUGGAUACUCAUCAGGAGGUGGUGGCUGGGGAAGAAGUUUCAAUAAUCCACAACAAUUGAAUAGAGAAACUUUUAUUGACGAAUCGGUGCCAAAUUUAAUUUCCAAUUUCAAUACAAACCUCACCGAUAGUGACAAAUAUUUCAAUUUGAAUUCUACAUUCUUCAAGAGUAUGGAUAGAAUUGAUAAACAUCGCGAGAACUUUGAAGAAACGAGUCAAAAUAAUUUAAACUUAAAAGAUGGUAUAAACAACCAUCACGAGACUUUUAAUGAAAAUAUUCAAAAUAGUACUUUGACAUUAAAAAAUCUUCAACCCGUUUAUGUCAAGGAUUGGAGGAAUUAUAAUUCUUCGACUAUUCGUAGUAUUUUGUAUCCAAACAGUUUCAGUACACGAGAAGAGAAGAGACAAACUUAAAAAUGUCCGUUUAGAUUGGACAUUUUAAAAUUGUAUUUAUAAUUUAUAUUUACUUAUUUCUUGACUUGUAUACUUAUACUUCUAUUUACUUAUAUCUUUGCUCAUUUAUUUGCUUAUUUAUUUACUAUUUAUUUACUUAUUUA